AUGGACUCUACUCUCAAACCCAGCGGACCUUACUCUCUUCUUCUCGCCGAACUCCCCGAUCUCUUCCAAGACCUCUUCUUACAGAUAAACGAUAGAUUCACAUGCUUCUCUUCCCUUCCAACCGAAAUUCGACUGUCAAUUUGGCGAUUCGCUUUUCCACGCGGCCGUCUCAUGAAUAUCGAUGAACUUGUCAUGGCAUGGUUCAUCGUCAUGGAUGCAGACAGACGACGAACAUGUGGCAUCGAGAAAAGCCGUGUACUGCCAUCGACCCUUUACGUCAACCAGGAAAGUCGUCAAGAGACCUUUAAGCACUACAUCAUUGUUUCUCGCCCGGUAGGAAGACUAGCCGGAGUCAAGAUCAAGGUUCAAGAACGUCCACUAUGCUUCAAUCCGAAAUUGGACACUAUGUUCUUCACUGACAACUACAUCAUGAACGAUCCCAAAUGGGAAUGGCUACACGAAAUUCAAGAGGAAUUUCCAGCCUUAUUUGAUUCGAUCGAGGAGGUUCAGAUCCGUAAUUGCAACCGUGGUUUAUCAGGGGUCUGGGAACUUGGGUGCUCAGUCAAUUCCGGAGUACUAUCGCAUGAACUCGCCUUCUUUGUCCAAUUUCCAGGUCUCAAAACUGUCAAUAUCGUCCUCAGUGAGCUUGCUACAGACGGAAUUGGACCUUUUCAGAUUCAGAUCGACCAAUAUGAGAAGGACCUUGGCCAGGCAAUGGUAGCCUUAUUCCAGAAGCAUGCGCCUCAGAGACUGGUAGCCCCCAAGGUGACUGUCGCGCCAUGGAACAAGUUACUCUCCCGCGUUCUCUAG